GGUUCGAAGCAAAUGUCAAAAACAGCUGAUUGCAUUAACCUUUUUUUUAUUCGUGUUUUGUGAGAAGCACUCACUUCCAUUGAACGUAACUUUCAAGAUUUUCAAAUGAAUACAGUUAAAGUUGACAUCGAAUAUUGCGAGAUUUGUAAUUCAAAGCCACAAUGUGAGGAAUUGGGCAAAAUCAUUCGAGAAAUGUGCCCAAAAGCAGAUGUUGUGUGUCACACAGGCCGACGAGGUUCGUUUGAGGUAAAAAUUAAUAGUGAAUUGGUGCAUUCAAAACUGGCUGGUUUGGCAUUUCCAGAUUAUGGCGAUGUUGUGAAAAAUGUGAAAUUAGCGGCCGAAGGUAAACCAGUAACAAAAGUGAAAGAACAACCAAUUACCGAUUGUGUUAUUCAAUAAAUUAAAAAUAACAAACGAAUUAUAUUGAGACUGAUUAGAAAAAAAACAUUUAUGCAUUAAAAAAAUAUGCCACACCUGAAA